AUGGCGCCCACUACACGAUCCGGCAGCAAGCGCGCAAGCGGCGAAGCUGUGGACACCAAAGUCACCAAGAAAGCGAAACGUUCGGUCAAGACCGCUGCGAAGCCUGCGAAGAAGGAGGAGCCCGCAAGCGAAGCUCCGCAGUACUUCCGCUUCCUCGAUCUUUCCCCAGAACUGCGGAACAGAGUAUACGAAUACGCCAGAGAAGACGACUCCACCCGCUUUGCUCCACGGCCCAAUCAAGACCCCCUACGUUUUGCUCACCCCCCACGCACAGUGCGUCCCUGGAAGUACUUCGCUCUAACUCACGUCUGUACACAAGUCCGCGCAGAGUAUCGUCCUCUCUGGGUUCGGGAUCUUCGUGUUGCAUUCUCGGCGACUACUCAGUUAACCACCUUCCUCGAUACUUUUCUACGAUUUGAGAACGAACCCAAGCACAUGCCGAAGCUCAUACAAGAGGAAGAAGGCCUGUAUCCAUACAGCGACGAUGACGACGAGUGCACCUGUCCGGAUUUUGAUAUGAGCCAGAGCGAGUGGGAAGAGUUCAAGCACGACCAGAUGGAAUACACUUCCGACAUACCUGUAUUCGUUCACAAUACGAAUGAGGCUUGGAUCAAAGCUGUACAGGAGAACAAAGUGACCGUCACUUGCUCAUUCUGUCAUUGGAGCCACCAUGCCAUCUUCAAGAUUCUCUACAAAGAUCCAGUCUGCGAGACGACGGCUGAUUCUCAACCGGCAUGGGAUUUGAUGAAGCAAUGGGGCAUCCUCGACCUUCCAACCAAACGAGGAACAGACUUCAUAUUCGCGUACGAGGAUAAGCAGACCACGGAAAAAGACGGUCACAGCAUGGCACACUCCGUCACACGCCAAAUCGUCUUUCGGAAGACACCUUCGAAGGCCUAA